UAUGUUGCUUUCUUGUUGCGACUAUGCUAUCUCUGGGCUGUUUUCUUCAAGCCAUUCUUUGGGUUGAGGCUUCUCUGUUCAGACUUGUCUAACUAGUUUCAUUUCAACUAUUUGUAAUUUGUUUUAAUAUCUUUCAGCCACAGACCUCUAAUACGUCUAGGAUGGCAUGCAGUUGAUUAGAAAGUCAAGCCCAGGGGCUUCAGACCUUCACGAUCGUGUUCGUCCUCCUGCAGAUGAUGUAUCGAACAGCAGGAUUUGGCACUCGAAGCAAAGUUUUGAAACCAUGGAUGACUGCCCUUCUCAUUUUGUUAUUACUGACAGUGGUGGCAAUGACCAUUGGUGUUUUGGCUCAUGUGUUAGUCUCUGGACAGAAAAUGGAGUAUUAUCAUGCCACCUUUAAAAUUUCAGAUCUUCGAGUCAAUAGUAAUUCUGGACAAAACAACACAUACCAACUUAAGGACUUCCGGGAGAUGAGUGAGAACUUGGUGGAUGAGAUAUUUAUAGAUUCAGCCUUGAACAAGCAUUAUAUCAAGAACCAAGUAGUCAGACUGACUCCAGAGGAAGAUGGUGUGAAAGUAGACAUCGUUAUGGUGUUUCAGUUCCCCUCUACUGAGCAAAGGGCCUUAAUAAAGGAGAAAAUCCUUAGCAUCUUAAAUCAGAAGAUAAGGAACACAAGAGCCGUACCCAUAAAUGUGUCUUCAGUUCAAGUUAAUGCAAUGAGCUCAUCAACAGGGAAGCUAACUGUCCAAGCAUGCUGUGGUAAACGAGUUGUUCCAUUAAUAGUCAACAGAAUAAUGUCUGGAGACGUCGCAGCCAAGGCUGCCUGGCCUUGGCAAGCUUCCCUUCAGCGUAAUAACGUACAUCAGUGUGGGGCCACCCUGGUCAGUAAUACGUGGCUCAUCACAGCAGCGCACUGCUUUACAAAUAAUGCAAAUCCACGUCAAUGGACUGUUAGUUUUGGAACGACAAUCAACCCUCCAUUAAUGAAAAGAAAUGUCAGAAGAAUUAUUGUCCACGAAAGAUACCACUUCCCAGCAAGAGAGUACGAUAUUGCUGCCGUGCAGUUCUCUCCCAGGGUCACCUUUACCGAUGACAUCCGCCGGGUUUGUCUGCCAGAAGCCUCUGCAUCCUUCCAACCAAAUUCCACAGUCUAUAUCACAGGAUUUGGAGCACUCUUCUACGGUGGGAAAUCCCAAAAUAAUCUUCGAGAAGCCAAACUGAAAAUCAUAAGUGAUGACGUGUGCAAGCAACCGCAUGUAUAUGGCCGUGAUAUAAAAUUUGGAAUGUUUUGUGCUGGAUAUCUAGAAGGAAAGUAUGAUGCUUGCAGGGGUGAUUCUGGGGGACCUCUAGUCAUAAAGGAUCUUAAAGAUACCUGGUAUCUCAUUGGUAUUGUGAGCUGGGGAGACAACUGUGGUCAAAAGAACAAACCUGGAGUCUACACAAAAGUGGUUUAUUACCGAAACUGGAUCACUUCGAAAACGGGCCUCUAAUUCACUCUAAAAGUUAGAUAUUGAGUGCUGUGAGCAAGGUAUAUAUGUAUGAGAAUUUACAUACUCAGUGAAUGUAGUACAAUGAAGUGAGAUUAAAUGACAUUAUUUAUUAUAGAAUCACUUCAAUUAAGCAAUGAUUCACAGCCAAUUCAUAAGGAAUUUAAAUCCUUAUAAAUUUGCAAAGUAGUGGAUCAGUUUAGCCUGGAAGGGAGAAUAUAGCAGAAACACUCAGUUCUUUACAUCAUGUAAGCUGGAGUAUAAAAGAGGUGUAAUGCAAAUUUUUUUAAAUAAUCCAUGAUUUUUAGAAUGUCUUUGUCAAAAAGGUCCCUGUAAGUGAGAAAGUUUUUAAUCUCUUAAAGAGUUCAAGAAAACCUUAUAUAAUUUCUUAUCAUUUCUCCUGAGCUCACAAAUACACUUUUAAAUUUUUUUCUUGUUAUUCCAAGUUUUCCAAAGAGAUUUUUCACCAUUCACCAUAAUAUAUUUUCUACUUAUAAACUCUAUGGAAGGAUCUUUGAAAAAAAAAAAAAAAAAAAAAAAGGUUACAUCUAGGAAACAAAGUAUGGUGAAACCUCCCUAAUGUCUUAGUGAUUUUUUUAAAAUACAGACACAUAGAGAAAGAGAAAUACUGAUUUAUAUAUCCAGAGAAAUCCUGAUUAAUAAAUAAGUAUACACAGUAACUAGCUAAUCAGAAAUGUAUCUUUGGUACAAAAACUGGGGGAAGCUAAUGGUAACUUCAUGAGUCAUGAAUGGCACAAAAAUUUGACAUUUCAUAGAUCCGUUUACAUGUUUGAAUCACCAGGAGGUAGUUCUAUACAUUAUUGUAAGGUUAAAGGCCUUGAAAAAAAUUGAGAAUUUACUAAUAUGUUGAAUAAUCAAUGAGCUUCAUCCUUCUACAUAAAAAGAAACUUUCAUACCUUUGAACGCUGCAGCCAAUGAUCUCUUAAGGCUUGGGGCAGUAGCCUGACUACUGCAACCUUGAAACACUAGUUUAAAAAUUUUUUGAUAAAUAUAAAUUUUAGGACCUACCCCAUAGAACACAUGAACAAAGUGAUCUGAAAAAAACAAAUGUAUCCCCAAAGCGUCUCAUGAAGACAUUAGGAGGGUCAGGCUUGUGGAAACAGUUACUCUGUGACAACGUCAGCUAAAAAUCAGGUUUAUGAGCAGGGUGUCUUUUAUUCGUAUAGGCCUAAUAGAAGCCAAACCACUGAAAAAUUUAGUUACUUCAUAACAAUGUUUUCUCAUGGGCUAUCGAUAAGGCAUGAAAAUAUUACUGCAAUAAUCUAAAAGACACUAACAAAUUAUACACACACAAACACACACACACACACACACUACACACACACACGCAUCCAUAACCUAGACUCACAAAGUUUUAAAGCUUAGGAAAGUCUGCAAAUCAUGCAGGCCAACACACCUAUGGUUCAGAUAGCUGAAGCCAUAAAUGACUUGGUGAACCUAUAUGUAGUUUGAAUCCCCAGCAGGCCUGGAACAACCCUGGUACCAAUUUCACAUGCCCUUUCUCUUACAAAAUUCCUUUCUGAUCACCUAUAUUUAUUAAAUAAUCAGCUCUAUAAGAAUUUCAGUGACUUCUAUUGAAUCUAUUUUAAAUUAGAAAACUCUUAGGUUAAGAAUUUUGAAUGAUAUGAUUUACUUGGGCAGCUGGCUGCCUGUUCUUUAAAUUCACUUCAAGAUAAAGUUGUUUCUUCAUAUAUAAAAAUAUACAUAGCCUUUUAAAUUAGUUGAUAUUAUGGUGGUAACAUAUAAUUCUGCUUUUAAUGUCAAGAUUCAAAAAAUGAUCCUAGAGUUACAAACUUCAUAUUGUUAAACUGUUACAUGCACUAUUUCAUUCUGGUUCACAUAUAAGCAAGUACUGAUACAUCAUUUUAAAUCUAAUAAUAAAGUUGAUGAACGGAGCAUUCUACAAAUAAUAUCACUGAGUCUGUGUUAGACCAAAUCUUAUUAUGAAUCUUACAACUGCUGUUAGGAAUUGCAUUUCUUUUAAUUAACUAUUUUAGGUCAUUUUGGUUAUUGUGAUAACCAAAAGUAUCUCCACACAUUGAUAAAUGUCCCCUGUUAAGAACUAUUGUUCUGAUAGCAUCUGAUCGUGUUUAGAAAGGCAAGAGAUGAGAAAUGCAAGCCACCGGGGUGGCUCAGUUGGUUAACUACUCUUAGUCUUGAGAUUCUCUCUCUCUGCUUUCCCCCAUUCUCUCUCUCUCUCCCUCUCUCUAAAAUAAAUGAAUAAAUAAAAUAUCAAAAAAAAAAAAAGGCAAGCAAGAGAUACCUCAAAAUUAUGACGCUGAUUAUUCAAAACUUAUGGUCUCCUGAUCAAACUGACGUUUCUAAAAUAAGUAGCAGAAUAAGACAGUGGCUAUUUCAAAUACAGACUGAUCCCCAUAUACACAGUGUGCUUGAAGGAUUUCUCUCAUACCCUUGCCUAAAGUAGGUAGAAUAUAUUCGUGUAUUGCCAUUAACCAUUACCAUGAAGGUAAGCUUUUAAAAAUACACCCUCUAGUAAAGUUUCUCUAUCUGGUCCGCAAUCCACAAUAGAAAAUGUAUUUCACAUGACAGCUCCAUAAAAACAUAACAAAAUGCAUAUAUAUUAAAAUAUUAAAAACUGAAACAGAAGUUUCAUAAAAUAAUACCCUACUGAGUGCAGUAAAAUCCAAUAUUUUCUAUUCUAUUCUAUUUCAGUUUUUUAUAAUGCUUGCCCCACCAAGUAAAUUAAUUUCGAAACCUAGUGGGCCAUGACUUGCAGUGCCUAUAGAACAUUCUAGAAUAAUAACCCACAAUUAUGAACACCAUACUGUUAUUAUCGCACCUAUUCCUACUGCUCUCUCCACCUUCAGCCUCUCCCCACUCUAUCCAUUUAGCAAAUUGCAGCUCAGUUAUGAUGCUAUUCAAUAACAUUGCUCCCACGCACUUAAAUCUUCACUGGUUUCCUCUUAGCCUGACAAAUAGUCUAAAUCCAUGUCACCAAAGCUUUUAGUCUCUGCACAAUCUGCCAACAAUCAACAGACUUCUUGUUUUGCUG